AUGAAAGUCAAUAAGGCUUUACUUCAACAAAUCCAUGUGUUGUGUGGGAUGCUUCUCUUUGGUACGGGUAGUAGCGUCACGAUGAAAUUGCAACUUGAAAUGGAGUGUACUGGAUAUGACAACGUCUCGCACACCUUCGAUAAGCCGAUCUUCCAGUCGAUCAUUAUGUUUCUCUCGAUGUCACUCUGUUUCUUUAUCGAGAAGCUCAUUGAGUUGUACCAACGCCGAACAGCGAAAGGUGGCGAGUACGCACAAAUGAGUGAUUCUGAACAAACGGAGUCGCCGUCUGUCUUUGUCAUCUUAAUUCCAACAACAUUCGACUUAGUAGCGUCGACCAUUAUGACUUUUGGGUUGAUAUAUACGCCAGCUUCUGUAUUCCAAAUGUUAAGAGGUUCUAUGAUCAUCUUCUCGUCGAUUCUUUCUCGUAUAUUCAUUGGCAAGAAAGUGAGAUGGGGACAAUUACUUGGUAUCUUUAUUUCUGUUGUUGCGCUGAUUAUGGUGGGUAUUUCGGCGAUAUCAGGAGGCUCCUCUGGAUUGAAUGAAACCACUGGCCUUCAAACGUUCUAUGGAAUUUGCCUUAUUCUUAUCGCUCAAUUCAUCCAAGCCGGUCAAAUCGUUGCCGAAGAGUUUUUCAUGAAAAACAUGUCAUUGCCUCCUCUUAAGGUUGUCGCGUUCGAAGGCAUUUUCGGUGUCAUUGAAACAGUUUGUGUCAUGUGCCCACUCGGGUUUUUCUUGCCGGGGUCAGACUACAGCACCAUGACACACAACUCCCUUGAGAACACUUACGACUCAUUCAUCUGUAUGUUUAACUCGUGGGGUAUUAUUGGUAUCAUGAUCAUCUUUGCUAUUGCUGUCCUUGGUCUCAACGCGUAUGGUAUGAUGGUUACUAAGUAUUUCAACGCAGUCAACAGAACCAUUUUUGAAAGUGUGAGAACAGCGUGUGUGUGGGUAGUAAUGGUUAUCAUCGAAUUCUGUUGGAAAGGACACGGUGAGGAACUCACAUGGUGGUCAAUUUUGGAAUUGGCCGGUUUUAUUGUGCUCUUCUUCUCGUCUCUUAUCUAUAACAGAAUCAUCAAAAUCCCAUUCAUUGAGAAAUACGAUCUUAUCAUUGAUGAGGAUGAAAAGCAGAAACAAGCCAAGAAUAAUUGA